AUGAAUAUGAAAGAAGUAUAUGUAGGAAGCCAGGGCUUCCGUUACAACAAAUUAGAGAAAAAUGUUAAGUAUGCUAUUAGUAUCUACAAUGAAAACACAAGAAAACUUAAUUUCUACUUCUUUGAUGAAGAUGAUGAUUGGAAGAUGGAAAAUGAAGAUCCUUACAGUCCAUUUAUAAUCACUGUGUAUGAAAUGGAGAUUGAUAAUAAAAUAAUGUAUACAGUUUCAUUGAAAAUGAUCAAAGAUGAAGAUGUUCAAUUCAAAAUAUCAUCCCUUGGAGAAAAUAAACCAACAAAUCUAAAUACAGAACACAUGAAUGUAGAAGUGAACCAACAUGUUCCAAAACCAAACUCAUUAACACUUCAGUUUGAACAGAAAAACUCUCCAUUGUUCUCCAAUACCAAUUACUAUAUAUUAUUAUUAACUGAGAGAGUAACUGGUGUUCAGUAUCUUGAACUAAUAGAAACUACCAGUCGAACUAUAAGUUCCAGUAUUAGCCUGAAAUCAAGACAAAAAUAUGAAUAUCAACUGUACAAGGUUCACCAACAAAAUAAACAACUUACUGUCACACAUGAAACUAGACUAAUAACAAUAGUAACUCGUAAGUUGAAUUAA